ACACGUUUACAGACGCGCCAAGUUUAGCGCUUCCGGUUCACUGUUGGCAUCUGUCAAACGGGGAAAACAAGUUUAAUUUUCCAGCAUUCAUCUCUCUUAGGAUAUGUCUCAUGUAUUAAGGACACUUGCCACUGGAGUUUUUAGCGUGCAGAGACCUGUGAGCGCCCAGACACUCUUGCGUCUUGUGAAGAUUCGAGGACAACAGAGGAGUCGGAGUGAUGGAGUGAAGGGCAGUGAGAGUCAGGCGUUUGAUGUGUCCCUCCUCGAGUUUCUUGUGUGUCCACUGUCCAAAAAACCCUUGAGGUAUGACGAAAGGAGCAAUGAAUUAAUAAACGAAGAGCUUGGCAUCGCAUAUCCUAUCAUUGAUGGUAUUCCUAACAUGAUCCCACAAGAUGCACGAAUGAUCCAUGCCACCGAAACAACUGAAAACUCCACUGAAUCUUGA